AAUCUUCAAGUAUCCAACGAGAUAUAGCUAAACUAAAUACAAAUAAACCAAUGAAUCAAUAAAUUAAUUAUGAUCCUAAAAUAUCUGAUGAUGAUAUUGUGCGUGUUUAACAUAAAACCUGGACAAAGAUGCAUUUUGAAUUCAAGACGAGACUUCGGCCAGCCUCUCCCUGUAAUUAUUCGCAAUGGCAGGCUCCUAGAGCCCACAGACAAAUACGGAAACGUUGAAAUAGACAAUGGGGAAACUCUGACUUUAAGCUGCGGAGAGUCGAGAGUGAGGCAUCCAAACGCGAACAAGCAUUUUGAAGUUGCGACGGUCACGUGCCAGGGCGGUGAUACGUUUACGAACAACGAUUGGAUCACAGCGCCCUCUAGCUUCUUAUUUUUCUCGUGUGAUAUUCCCCCGGUAUACAAGAGCAAGCGUACGAAUCGGACCUGUCACAAUAAUAACAAGAUUUUUGAAGUCGGCUACCCAGUCCGCGACGAUUUCUACCCAAUUUACGAAACCUGCUUCGACGAGUGGCGUCUCACCCCCCUUUAUUCUGUUUACACGCAGAAGCCUUAUAACGCUCAGUUCCAGCAACACGUCGAACGGCCCUACUUCGUUGAAGACGACGCGUAUCGUCACUUGUCUGUGUUCAAACUAUUCUCGCCUAGAGGCUUAGAGGCUGCUGUUAGAAAACGUGUCGGCGGACACGCCGCCAAUGACUACAUUACCGCCGAAUCAUUUCUGUCUAGAGGACAUUUAGCAGCUAAAACCGAUUUCGUAUACGCGUUCGGGGAGAGAGCGUCCUUUCAUUAUGUCAACUGCGCCCCGCAGUGGUACGGUUUCAAUAGCGGAAAUUGGAACACUUUGGAAGUGGAUUUGAGGAACCGCGUCCACGCAGCCGGCUAUGACACCGUUAUGUACACCGGCACGUAUGGCGUGAUGGAGCUACUCAACAGCUCUGGGAGUACGGUGGACGUGCAUCUUUACGACGACGUAAACAACAAUCCGCUGAUACCGGUACCGCUAUAUUUCUACAAAGUCGUAUACGAGCCGAGCUCUAAGCGCGGUACAGCAUUUGUCGGAAUCAACAAUCCAUUUUACAGUUCCGUCAGUAGAGAGAGCGUGAUGAUCUUUUGCUCUGAUCAAUGCGCUAAUAACACCCAAUUUUCAUGGUUGACUUGGAGUCCUAGAACAAAAUCUGAGGGAAUCUGCUUCUGCUGCACAGUGGAGCACUUUAGGCAAGUCAUUCCACAUUUACCACCAUUCGAAGUGACCGGAUUGCUAAGUUAA